GUCACACUGCCUCACCUAAUGUGACUGUUUUCAGUUCACAAGUGUAACAGCAGCACGUCUAACCGGGGAAAGUGCGCGUUACUUUCAGUUUAACGCAUGUUCCGCGCAGAUUUCCUGUCCUCUCAAACUGUGUACUGUCUCUUUAACUGGAGGGGCUGCUUCACUUUGAGCUGCAACCUUUUACAGGCUGAACCUCCGCUCACUCAGGAUCCAUUCAUAAAUAAGACAUCAUAUGGAAAGGAAGCUCAUAUAGUCGCAUCUGAUUUCUUAUUCAGUGGACCGGAUGCGAGCGGCGAGCAGGAACCAGACAUGUUCACCUCGGUCCGGGGGUUGUGAAUCGGGGGCACGGCUGAGAGAGCGGGACUGACUUCCCAUGGCUGACCCCCCUGCUCAUGGUUUUGACUUCAUGUGCGAGCCGUCAGGAGGUAGCUUGAUCCAGCUCAGAGCAUUUGUCCAACCCAGAAAAAUGCUCGUUUCCUCGCUAGGUUUGGUGUUUUUACGUGCUUCCGCUUAACCCAAGUAGUCCCGGUUUAAAUAGUCUACCGCUUCACCCCUUCUUCAUUUUUUAAAAUUUUUAUUUUUAAUAAAUGAAAAUACACCAGAGGGACCGAGGAGCUGGCAUACCGAUGGAGCAGUGAGUUAUGGCAGCUAAAGAGGAACUGUAUGCCAAAGUGACCCCGCGGAGGCAGCGCCAGACCCGGCCGAGCACCGUCAAACAUGGGUCCACUCUGGACGUGCUGCUGUCCAUGGGCUUCCCCAAGACCAGGGCCUUGAAAGCUCUGGUUUCGACAGGAGGGAAAAACGUCCAGGCAGCUUGUGACUGGCUCUUCUCCCACGUGGAUGACCCCUUCUUGGAUGACCCUCUGCCCAGAGAGUAUGUGUUAUAUCUGCGACCCAGUGGGCCGCUGCUCCAGCAGCUCUCACACUUCUGGCAGCAGUCCCGCCUCUCCUGUGGGAAAAAUAAGGCCCACAACAUCUUCCCCCACAUCACCCUCUGCCAGUUCUUUAUGUGUGCCGACGGGAAGGUGGAGGCUCUGUCCGACGCUCUCCAGGCCACCGUGGCCAAGUGGAAGGCUCGUAUACCCAUGCCCCUCCCAUUGGAGCUCUAUACCUCCUCAACUUUCAUUGGCCUCUUUGUGGAGGAGCAGGUGGCGGAGGUGCUGAAGGGUUUCGCUGCCGAUUUUGCUACUGAAGCAGAAGCUAAAGCAGAUGUUCAUGUCGAGCCCCAUAAGAAACAACUUCAUGUCACGUUGGCAUACCACUUCCAAGUCAGUCACCUUCCAAUUUUGGAGAAGUUGGCCAAAAGCGUGGACGUGGCUUCAGGCUGUGACUGGCUGGCUGUGCUCUUCUCCCGGGAUAUUCGGUUUGCCAAUCACGAGACACUGCAAGUCAUGUACCCGUAUGUGCCUCAGAAUGAUGAUGAGCUGGAGCUGAUGCCGGGAGACUUUAUCUUCAUGUCUCCGGUGGAGCAGACCAGUGCCAGUGAGGGCUGGGUGUACGGCACCUCUCUGGGCACGGGGCUGUCGGGACUGCUGCCUGAGAACUAUGUCAGCCGUGGUGAUGAGUCUGAUACCUGGGUGGUCCAUGGGUCUCACUCUAUUCUCAACUGUGCCUCUCCCUCUAACGCUGGCACCACUGUUGGUGGGUUAUUGUUUGAUGGACAGCUGAAUGACAGUCUGCUUGACAGUUUUAUGGAUGCUCCCAGUCUCACUGGCCUCUGUCCUCCUAUGCAGGUGUCGAGGCCGGCUUGUCAGUCCUCCCUGUCUAAGAUGAGACUGUUUGUGUGUCGCCAUGGGGAGAGGAUGGAUGUGGUGUUUGGGAAACACUGGGUCACACAGUGCUUUGACUCCAAAGGCCGAUAUAUUCGCUCCAAUCUCAACAUGCCAUCCAGCCUGCCAGCUAGAAGCGGAGGUCACCGGGACUAUGAUAAAGAUUGUCCAAUUACUGUGUUUGGCUCCACCCAGGCCCGUCUUGUAGGUGAAGCCCUAUUGGAAAGCCACACAACAAUAGACUUUGUUUACUGCUCUCCUUCUCUUCGCUGCGUUCAGACUGCUCACCACAUUCUGCAGGGUCUCCAACAGGAGGGAAAGACAAAGAUCCGUGUGGAACCCGGAUUGUUUGAAUGGACCAAGUGGGUUUCAGGCACAUGUUUACCCAACUGGAUCCCCCCAGCUGAGCUAGUCACUGCUAACUUGAGUGUGGACACAACAUACAGACCUUAUAUUCCCAUAAGUAAGUUGGCGGUGUCAGAGUCUUAUGACACCUACAUCAGCAGGAGCUUCCAAGUCACCCGAGAGAUCCUGGCAGACUCCAAGAACUUGGGAAACACGGUCCUGAUUGUGGCCCAUGCUUCCUCCCUGGAGGCUUGCACUCGCCAGAUACAAGGCCUCAGCCCCCAAAACUCCAAGGACUUUGUCCAAGUUGUCCGAAAGAUUCCUUACUUGGGGUUUUGUGCUUGUGAAGAAAUGGGAGAGACCGGGGUGUGGCAGCUGGUCGACCCACCCAUCUUGCCUCUGACACAUGGACCCAAUCACAGUUUCAACUGGAGGGAAAUGCUAAUGCAUGACUGAAGGACAUGCUGUUUGGCUCUCUAUCUUUUGGCAGCCCUGAACUGCUGUAAAAUAAAUAUUUAUUUUUAACCCACACUGCUAUAAAUCCAGCCCAACUACCAAAAAAACAAAACAAAACAAAACAAAACACGUCUGGCUUCCGUCAAAGACAUCAUGCAAAGAACAGAAGUGCAUUCAUUGAAGCAAAGGUAUUCAGACACACUGCUCAGGAAUGAGAAAAUACAGUUUGUGUGGAGAUCACAGAAAAAAUGAGCUACAGUUUGGGCAGCAGUUUGUUGAGUUACCCUCAACGUUCCACUUCUUAGCCCAAAAUGUGGAGGUGCUACGAGAGAUCUGGAUAUUUCUUGAUGGUUGCUGAUAAAUCAGGUUUUAUGCCACGAGAAGGUGUCAUGAAGCUCUGCGUGUGGCUCCUCCUUGGGCGGGGCGGUGAAGACUUUGAGUUCUGCUGCCUUCUCACACACUGUGACAAGAAUUAGAUGAGAGAGAGAAAUAUUUUUCCAUGUGUCAAAUUAUUAUUUAACUUGUAGCUACAAGCCGCCUGCGAAUAAAGCACAAAAGAAAUGUUGACAAUCAGACAGGGGAGAACUGAUCUUCAUUGUUUCUGGUGUCGAGGCGGGUAGUUUAUGAUGCCUGUUUCAUUCCUGUAAAUGUCAUAUCAUUAAGUGAUUCUUCUAAUUUAACAUUUAUUUGCGCACAUGAAUCCUUUGACCUUCCUGUAAUGCAGUUCUGAUUACCACCACAGGAGCAACCAAGUCAAUAUGACUAAAGAAAAUGAAUAUAAUGGAACACAGACUGCUGUUGUGAAUUUUGUCCAAGUGCAUUGACUACAACGUCUGCUUGUUUAUCAUGACCCCGGCACUCUCUGUAAGCCUGAUAACCACACUGCUUUUUAAACACAUUUCAUUUUUUUCUUUUUUGGUUAUGUCAGAUGAUUUAAGCGCUUACUGCCUAUACCAAUUAUUUGUUGUAUGACUCAGAAAAUCUAUUGAUACUCACAAAAAUGAAUAAAGCAAGGUUGUGGAGUUAUGAAGGCUUAUACA